UCAAUCUUAAAAAAAAGGUUAAGAACAAGGCGCAUGUUGAGGCGUCAAUAUGUGAGGCGUAUAUUGUUGAGGAGAUCUCAACAUUUAUCUCAUACUAUUUCGAACCUCAUUUGAGAACGAGGAUAAACCGUGUUCCACGGCAUGAUGAUGGUGGUGAAGUGCAUUCAAGUGGGAACUUGUCAAUAUUCUCCAAUCCUGGACGACCCACACCUAAAAAUGCCGUGAGGGGAAGAUAUUUGUCUGAAAUAGAGUUCAGACAAGCACACAAUUAUGUCCUAUUUAACUGUGAUGAGCUGAGACCUUUUAUUAAGCAACAUCGACGAUACUUACUGUCCAAUAACUCAAAGCUGACCGAAUCCCAGAUCUUUCAAUUACAAGAUGAACAAUUUGCCACAUGGUUUAGAACACAUGUUUAUCAAAUGGGAGGUAGUGCUGCUAUUUCACUGUCUUUACUAUGUCUGGGCCCUGAAAGAAAAGUCAAGUGCUAUAAUGGAUAUUUUGUCAAUGGAUAUGUCUUUCAUACUGAAGAAUACGGGCAUGGAAGAAAGACAUACAACAGCGGUGUUUGUAUUAAGGGAUCGACUUCUAGUGAGUUUGAAGUUGACUACUACGGUAGAUUGGAAGAGGUCAUCGAACUGCAAUAUCAUAGCGAGCAAAAUAGAGUGUUUUUAUUCAAAUGUUAUUGGUAUGACACAACUGACAGAGGAAUCAGAGUAGAUCCUCACUAUGGUCUCGUUGAAAUCAAUUCAAAAGCUAGACACCGCAACGUAAACGACGUCUUUGUUUUCGCAAAGCAAUGCCAACAAGUUUAUUACACAUACACCCCUUCCUUUAGAAAGGACCGAUCAAGAGUUGAUUGGUUAUCCGUUUUAAAAACAAAACCCAAGGGUCGUGUCGAGGUUGUUCAGGAUGAGAACGAAGACACAAGUGUGAUAGAUGAAGUCUUUCAAGCUAGUGAGUUGGUUGAACCAUACCGAGUUGCUCCGUCGAUUGACUUAGAAGAAAAUUCGAAUUUUCGCGUUUUCAACGAUAGUCUUGUUGAUGUUGACGCAGAGGAGUUGAAUGUUGUUCUGAGCUCCACUAGUGGAAAAAAGAAUGUUGUUGAAGAAGAUGAUAACGAAAUUGAAGAGUGCGAUGAAGCUGAUGAUAACAAUUCAAUGGAGGACGAAGAUGAAAAUUCCGACUAACUAAACAUGUUAUAAAGUUUUAUUUUUAUAAUGUAAUAAUUUGA